CUAGGAUUGCUGGAACUCAGGGAAUCCCGGCGACGGGCUCGGUUUCCAGCCGAUUUCUGAAUUUCGUUGGUUCAUCGGUUCCUCUCAUGCCCGAACCGGUUGGUGGAAUUGGCGUGACGCGAGCAGCAAAGGUUAGAGCGGCGGUGACGACGGGGAGCGGCGGCCGCGAUGACGUCGCUGUCGCGGACGCUGUCCCGGGCCGGGCCGAUGCAGCCGCCGGGGCCGCGCCGGAUCCUCAGGACGCAGACCGCCGUCAACCUCGGCGAGCCCAUCUUCGACAGCGAGGUCGUGCCGUCGUCGCUCGUGGAGAUCGCGCCCAUCCUCCGUGUGGCCAACGAGGUCGAGGCGUCCAACCCCCGAGUCGCAUACCUCUGCCGAUUCUACGCGUUUGAAAAGGCUCACAGACUUGAUCCAACUUCAAGCGGUCGAGGUGUCCGGCAAUUCAAGACUGCUCUCUUACAACGGCUGGAAAGGGAGAAUGUACCCACCUUGACCGGAAGGGCCCAAAAGAGUGAUGCACGGGAAAUACAGACCUUCUAUCAACACUACUACAAAAAAUAUAUCCAGGCACUUCAAAAUGCUUCUGACCAAGUCGAUCGUGCUCAACUUAUCAAAGCCUACCAGACCGCUAAUGUUCUAUUUGAGGUUUUAAAAGCCGUCACUCAACAACAUUCUGUUAAAGUUGACGAUGAGAUCUUGGAAGCGGCUGACGAGGUUAAAGAGAAGACAAAAAUAUAUCUUCCUUUUAACAUUCUCCCUCUUGAUCCAGACAGUGGCAAUCAGGCACUCAUGAAAUUGCCGGAGAUCCAAGCCGCUGCUACUGCUCUUCGCAAUACUAGAGGUCUUCCACUACCCAAAAAUUAUGAGCGGAAGGUUAACGAGGACCUCUUGGAUUGGCUACAAGCUAUGUUUGGCUUUCAGACAGAUAACGUCUCUAAUCAGAGGGAGCAUCUGAUUUUACUUCUUGCUAACAUACAUAUACGCAUAAAUCCAAAGACUGAUGAACAUUCAAAGUUGGAUGAUAAUGCGCUGAAUGACGUGAUGAAAAAGUUGUUUAAGAACUACAAAAAGUGGUGCAAAUAUCUUGGUCGCAAGAGUAGCCUUUGGUUGCCAACAAUUCAGCAAGAGGUGCAGCAGCGGAAAUUACUGUAUAUGGGUCUGUACCUUCUUAUCUGGGGUGAAGCUGCAAAUUUGCGAUUUAUGCCAGAAUGUGUUUGCUACAUAUAUCAUCAUAUGGCAUUUGAAAUGUAUGGCAUGCUAGCUGGAAAUGUGAGUGCCUUGACGGGUGAAUAUGUGAAGCCAGCCUAUGGUGGUGAGAAAGAAGCCUUUCUGAAAAAGGUUGUCACUCCAAUUUAUUCUACCAUUGCAAAGGAAGCUGAAAGGAGCAAAAUAGAAAAAGGGAACCAUUCUCAGUGGAGAAACUACGAUGAUCUUAAUGAAUAUUUUUGGUCUGCUGACUGUUUUCGGCUUGGUUGGCCUAUGCGAGCUGAUGCUGAUUUUUUUUGUCAACCUACAAAUCCACCUGAUGAAAGAAAUGAAAGCACAGUAAGAGCUGACAAGCAGAAAGGGAAGGUCAAUUUUGUCGAGCUAAGGUCAUUUUGGCACAUAUUCAGGAGUUUUGAUAGAAUGUGGAACUUCUUUAUUAUAGCUCUUCAGAUUUUGGUAAUUCUUGCUUGGAGUGAAGGAGGUUCAUUAGGUAAUCUUUUUGAUCCUCUGGUUUUCAAGAGGAUCUUGAGCAUCUUUAUCACUUCUGCCAUACUAAAUCUUGGACAAGCUACACUUGACAUAAUCUUUAAUUGGAGGGCCAGGAGAACGAUGGAAUUUGCAGUCAAGCUGAGAUAUGUCCUGAAGUUUAUAUUGGCAGCUUUGUGGGUGAUAUUACUGCCGGUUACGUAUGCAUAUAUCUGGGAGAAUCCAACGGGAAUUAUUAGGGCCAUCAAAAACUGGUUUGGAAAUGGUCGAAAUCAACCAUCACUCUUUGUCAUUGCAGCAGUCAUAUACUUGUUGCCCAAUAUGCUAGGUGCGGCACUUUUUGCUUUACCAAUUCUACGCCGGAUACUUGAAGGUUCAGAUUACAAGUUCAUGAGGUUGAUCAUGUGGUGGUCUCAGCCUCGCCUUUUUGUUGGUAGGGGAAUGCAUGAAAGCCCCUUUUCACUUUUCAUGUACACCAUGUUUUGGGUUGCUCUUCUUUUGACAAAAUUCGUAUUUAGCUACUAUGUCGAGAUCAAGCCUCUUGUUGACCCCACCAAGGAUAUCAUGAAAUUCCCUAUAAAUCAUUUCCGGUGGCAUGAGUUUUUUCCAAGAGCGAAGGGAAACAUUGGUGUUGUGAUUGCACUUUGGGUUCCAGUCAUUUUGGUGUAUUUCAUGGACACACAAAUUUGGUAUACAAUCUUCUCCACUCUAUUUGGUGGAAUUUAUGGUGCUUUCCAACGGCUUGGAGAGAUUCGCACCCUUGAAAUGCUGCGAUCUCGCUUUGAUUCCAUACCUUUAGCCGUGCAUGAUUGUCUAGUUCCGGCUGAAACAUCUGGUGGAAGACGGAAGAAAGGUCUAAAGUCUAAUUUACAGAAGCGUUUUAAGGAGAUGAAGCACGAAGAUAAAGAGAAGGUAGCUGCAAGAUUUGCACAGAUGUGGAAUGAGAUUGUCUCUAGCUUUCGAGAAGAAGACCUUAUAGACAACAGGGAGAAGGAACUGCUACUUGUUCCAUAUGUGGCUGAUAAGGGUCUUCGUGUUAUGCAGUGGCCACCAUUUUUGCUUGCCAGCAUGGUCCCCAUAGCUGUUGACAUGGCUAAAGAUAGCAAUGGCAAAGAUCGGGACCUGAAAAAGAGGAUUGAAAAUGAUUACUAUUUUUCUUGUGCAAUUGAAGAAUGCUAUGCAUCAUGCAAAAAUAUCAUCAAUGAUCUUGUACAUGGUGAACCGGAGAAAAGGGUCAUAAAUAUAAUUUUUGAUGAAGUUGAAAAAUGUAUUGCUGAGGACAAAGUUAUUACAGAUUUGAAUAUGAAAUCCCUGCCAGAUCUCUAUGAUAAGUUCGUUGAACUGGUAGAAUACUUGAAAAGGAAUGAUGAUAAAGACAGGGUUGCUGUCAUAAAGAUUUUUCAAGAUAUGCUAGAGGUUGUAACGAGAGAUAUAAUGGAGGACCAACUUCCUAGUAUUUUGGAGUCAAGUCAUGGGGGUUCAUAUCGAAGACCUGAGGGACUGACAACAUGGGAUCAAGAAUAUCAGUUAUUCCAACCAUCUGGAGCUAUCAAGUUUCCCCUACAAGUCACAGAUGCUUGGAUAGAAAAGGUAAAAAGGCUUGAAUUACUGCUCACUGUGAAAGAAUCUGCUAUGGACGUUCCUUCAAAUCUUGAAGCCAGAAGGCGUCUUACAUUUUUCACCAAUUCUUUGUUUAUGAAUAUGCCUGAUGCUCCUAAAGUCCGAAACACACUUUCAUUCUCUGCAUUGACCCCGUAUUACAAUGAGCAUGUACUUUUUUCAAUAAAAGAGCUUGAGGAGGAAAAUGAAGAUGGAGUUUCCACUCUGUUCUACCUACAGAAAAUUUACCCAGAUGAAUGGAAGAACUUUCAGGAAAGGGUUGUUUGGGAGGAAGACCUUAAAGAUAAUGAGGAACUGAAGGAGGAGCUUCGUUUAUGGGCUUCAUACAGAGGUCAAACGCUAACUCGAACAGUUAGAGGCAUGAUGUACUACCGAAAAGCUUUAAUUCUUGAAGCAUUUCUAGAUAUGGCCAAACAUGAAGAUCUCAUGGAAGGAUAUAAAGCAGCCGAGUCAAUAUCAGAUGAAGAGUGGAAGAUACAGCAGAGGUCCUUGCUUGCUCAAUGUGAAGCAUUGGCUGAUAUGAAGUUCACCUACGUGGUAUCAUGCCAGCAAUAUGGAAAUGACAAGCGUUCUGCUCUUCCUAACGCCCAAGACAUAUUACAGCUAAUGAGAACGUACCCUUCUCUCCGUGUAGCAUAUAUUGACCAGGUGGAAGAUAGAGUAGGAGAGAAGAAAAUAGAGACAGCUUAUUACUCCACUUUGGUGAAGGUUGCUCUAACUAAGGAUUCUGAAUCUGCAGAUCCAGUACAAAAUCUUGAUCAGGUUAUCUACCGCAUAAAACUACCAGGCCCUGCAUUGUUGGGAGAAGGAAAGCCCGAAAAUCAAAAUCAUGCAAUAAUUUUCACCCGUGGUGAAGGCCUGCAAACUAUAGAUAUGAACCAGGAUAACUAUAUGGAAGAGGCACUUAAAAUGAGAAACUUGCUUCAAGAGUUCCUUACAGUACAUGGAGUCCGGCAUCCAUCUAUACUUGGAGUUAGGGAGCACAUCUUUACUGGCAGUGUCUCCUCCCUUGCAUGGUUUAUGUCUAAUCAGGAGCACAGUUUUGUGACUAUUGGGCAACGACUGCUUGCAGACCCUCUGAAGGUGCGGUUCCACUAUGGCCACCCUGAUGUAUUUGAUAGGCUUUUCCAUCUAUCGAGGGGUGGUGUCAGUAAGGCAUCAAGGAGUAUCAACUUAAGUGAAGAUAUUUUUGCAGGCUAUAACUCAACUCUCCGCGGAGGCAAUGUAACACAUCAUGAAUAUAUGCAAGUUGGUAAGGGAAGAGAUGUUGGGCUAAAUCAGAUCUCCAAGUUUGAGGCUAAGGUGGCAAGUGGAAAUGGUGAACAGACCCUUAGCCGUGAUAUCUACCGGCUUGGGCACCGGUUCGAUUUCUUCAGAAUGCUUUCAUGCUACUUCACCACUGUGGGGUUUUAUUUCAGUACACUGUUGACAGUUGUCACAGUUUAUGUAUUUCUGUAUGGACGUCUUUAUCUUGCUCUCAGCGGACUUGAAGAAGGGCUUUCGACACAGCGGAAAUUCAGUCAUAAUCAUGCUCUUCAGGUUGCCCUUGCCUCGCAGUCUCUUGUUCAGCUUGGUUUUCUGAUGGCCCUGCCCAUGAUGAUGGAAAUUGGCCUUGAAAAAGGAUUUGGCCAGGCACUAAGUGAAUUUAUAAUGAUGAACUUGCAAUUGGCAGCUGUAUUUUUUACAUUUUCACUUGGCACAAAGACUCACUAUUAUGGACGCAUGCUGCUUCAUGGAGGUGCUCAGUACAGAAGUACCGGUAGGGGCUUUGUUGUCUUUCAUGCUAAGUUUGCAGAGAACUACAGGCUAUAUUCUCGCAGCCACUUUGUGAAAGGCAUCGAGUUGAUGAUUCUGCUCAUCAUUUAUGAACUAUUUGGUCAUUCUUCCCACUCCACGAUUGCAUAUAUAUUUGUUACGUUCACUAUGUGGUUCCUAGUGUUGACAUGGCUAUUCGGACCCUUUUUGUUCAACCCCUCGGGAUUUGAGUGGGCGAAAAUUUUGGACGAUUGGUCAGACUGGAAUAAGUGGAUCAGCAAUAGUGGUGGGAUUGGUGUGCCAUCAGAAAAGAGCUGGGAAUCCUGGUGGGAGAUGGAGCAGGAACAUUUGAAGCAUUCAGGAAUAAUUGGACUCAUGUUUGAGAUAAUUUUGUCCCUGCGGUUUUUCCUUUAUCAGUAUGGCCUUGUUUACCAGUUAAAUGUCACAGAUGACAAAAGUAUCUUGGUAUACUUAUUUUCAUGGGUUGUAAUUUUGGGGGUAUUGGUUAUUAUGAAGAUUAUAUCUGUCGGAAGGCGGAGAUUUGGCGCGAGUUUUCAGCUAUUCUUCCGUCUGAUCAAGUUCAUGAUAUUUGUUUCAUUCGCUGCUAUUUUGGUUGUGUUGAUACUAAUUCUGCACAUGACUAUACGAGAUAUAUUUGUCUGCAUCCUGGCAUUCUUGCCCACCGGAUGGGGAAUACUGCUGAUUGCACAAGCUUGCAGGCCUAUCCUUCGGGUAGCAGGGCUAUGGGGAUCUGUCCGUGCCCUCGCACGGGCGUACGAGGUAAUCAUGGGGGUACUCCUCUUUACACCAAUCACGGUUCUGUCAUGGUUUCCCUUCGUCUCCGAGUUCCAGACGCGGAUGCUGUUCAAUCAAGCCUUCAGUAGAGGACUUCAAAUUUCCCGGAUUCUUGGUGGUCAGAAGAAAGAGCGGGCCGCUAGCACCAAAGACUAGCUUAGCUCUUGUGCCCAGUUGCCAGCCCUAGUCAAGAUCUAGUACUUCCGAAUACUUAGGUUGUACAUAUUCCGCAGGGUAUAGUGUAGUAUAGUAUACUGUAGUAUAUUUAUUGUGACUACAGCCUCAUACUACAAGUUAUGCUGUGUCUUCUUGGUGACAUAAGAAAUCAUGAUUGGGCUUACACCGAUUUCUUGUGUAAAUGUUACAAAUAUUAAUAUGGACAAUUUACCAACGAUUAGGAGUUCAUAAC